GCCGGCAAUCACCAUCAUGAGCGCGCAAAUUCACACGCUAUCUUCAUUCACCGGACCACGGCUCGCAUGACCCAUGAACCUAGGCGACGCCCUAGUCAGCUGCAGAACGGCGCCCUCGACGAUGAAGAGCUCGAGCAAAUUCGUCGCUACGAGGACUUUCGCACCAUAGACUGGAUACAAGACUCGAUACUCGAACGCAACCGCCGGAUACGCAAGGCACGCACGCUCAACGCGUCUCGGCGCGGACCGCGCGGGGAGGUGACCGUGCCUUGGCUCUGGACACAGCUGCGCAAGGCGUACGACGCGGGCCAGAGCUGGUUCGUCGUCUCCCUUGUCGGCGUCUGCAUCGGCGUCAACGCUGCGAUCAUAUCCAUCGUCACGGAAUGGCUGUCGGACAUCAAGAUGGGGUACUGCUCCGACGGGUGGUGGCUGAACGAGCAGUUUUGCUGCUGGGAGAUCGAGGGAGACGACACGGACGGGUGCGACUCGUGGCAUCCCUGGAGCCAUGUCACCAUCGCGCGGUGGUUCAUCUAUGUUUUGUUUGCGGCCAUCUUUUCGUUUGUCGCUGCGCAUCUGGUGCGCGGGCUCGCCAAGUAUGCUGCGGGCUCUGGGAUUUCGGAGAUCAAGUGCAUUCUGGCAGGGUUUGUCAUGCAGGGUUUCCUGGGUUUCGCGACGUUUUUCAUCAAAAGUGUUACCUUGCCAUUGGUAAUCGCUUCCGGUCUCUCUGUGGGCAAAGAGGGCCCUUCGGUGCAUGUGGCCUGCUGCGUAGGCUCCCUGGUCGCCGGGAUGUUUGCCAAGUUCCGGCGCAGCGAAGCGAAAAUGAGAGAGAUCGUUACAGCCGCCAGCGCCGCUGGCGUUGCUGUUGCUUUCGGCGCUCCCAUCGGCGGAGUGCUUUUCUCGAUCGAGGAAAUGAGCCACUCGUUCAGCAUCAAGACCAUGUGGAAGAGCUUCUUUUGUGCGCUAGUAGCCACGGUCACACUCUCCGCGAUGAAUCCUUUCCGAACGGGAAAGCUGGUGCUCUUCCAGGUCACGUACGAUCGCGACUGGCACUUCUUCGAGAUCAUGUUCUUCAUUGUUCUGGGAAUAUUCGGGGGACUCUACGGAGCCUUCGUCGUGAAGUUCAAUCUGCAAGUGGCUGCCUUUAGACGCAAGUUUCUGGCGAAUCACGGUGUCGCGGAGGCUGUUCUGCUUGCGACCCUGACUGCCAUGAUCGGCUACUCUAAUCAGUUUUUGAGGAUGGACAUGAGCGAGAGCAUGUCGUUGCUCUUUCGGGAGUGUGACAACGGCGGAGAUUUCAACAACGUGUGUCAAUCAGCAAUGCAGUGGAGGAUCACGAAUUCGUUGAUCCUCGCUACAUUUAUUCGAAUCGGCCUGGUCGUCGUGUCGUAUGGAUGCAAAGUUCCGGCCGGGAUAUUCGUGCCUUCGAUGGCGAUAGGAGCCACGUUUGGGCGGAUGGUGGGCAUCGUGGUCAAGGCGAUGUACCAGGCGUACCCGACGUCUGGGAUCUUCGCAGUCUGUGUUCCAGAUGCGCCGUGCAUCACGCCAGGCACCUAUGCAUUCCUCGGCGCAGCCGCAGCGCUCAGUGGGGUGAUGCGGAUUACGGUGACCGUCGUAGUCAUCAUGUUUGAGCUGACGGGUGCGCUGACCUACAUCCUACCGACGAUGAUCGUGCUUCUCGUAACUAAGGCCGUCGGGGACUUUCUGGGCACGAACGGGAUUGCGGACGAGAUGAUCCGGUUCAACGGGUUCCCGUUCCUCGAGAAGGAAGACCAUGCGUUUAAUGUGUCGGUCUCGGCUGUGAUGAAGCAGGAUAUGCACACCUUGAAUGAAUCGGGUAUGCGCGUGAGCGAUGUCGAGUCCGUCCUCAAUGCCACCGAGUCCAAGGGCUUCCCGAUAGUGUCAGGUGGACUGUUAUCCGGAUACAUUGGCCGCACCGAGCUGCUGUAUGUGCUGGAGCGCUCGCGCCAGACGCAGGAGAUUACAUCUGACACAGAGUGUCUGUUCAAGGUAGAUGGCGACCUCGAGGGCUUUGACUUGGGGAGCGCGCUUUCUGUGGGGAUCGAAGAAGAGUAUGCGGAUACGAUCCUGGAAGCAGCAGCUGAGGGCAACGUCAACUUUGCUCCGUGGGUGAACCAGACGCCAUUGACUGUUUCGCCGCAACUACCGUUGGAGAUAGUGAUGCAGUUGUUCAAGCGAAUGGGACCUCGCGUCAUUCUGGUGGAGGACCAUGGAGUCCUCACGGGACUCGUCACCGUCAAGGACGUCUUGCGUUGGAUCGCACUGGAGAAGCCGGAACGCGAGCCCUCAUGGGACGAGCGAGGCGGCCUCGAAGGGCUCUUAGAGGAAGUCUGGACAGGAUUCCUUGGCCCGAUCGCCUCGUGGAGUGCGAAUCUGUGUGGUCGACGAUAGUCAGAUCCCCGGAAACACGGCCUAAUCGGGAAACCGAUGGAGCCGAACUCCAUGACGUCGCGACGACUAUUGGAAAUAACAUGCGUCAACAUGCCCCAUAUAAAUCCACCGAAGUAUUUCUGCACUUCUUUACUCUAUUGCUCUUCGCCAACGCUUCACACGACCUGCACACCGCAAACACUUGCUCCCAUCCCACUCACCGUUCAUACCCAACCAAAAUGCCUUUCACCGCCGAAGAGAGAGAACGCUACUCGCGUGACCUGGCCGAGUACACUCGUCGUCAAUUUGCUGUCGCACGCAAGACUCUGGACAACCACAAGGCCGCCGCGGCCAAGCUGCCGGCGCUCCACGCUUCUCGGGAUGGGAUGAUUUCGCGGAACGGAGCGUUGCCGCAGCAGAAACAAGCCCUCACGCAGCGCGUCUGAGCGUAUCUCCGGUCUCUCCCCCGUUUCUUCCUGGCAGUAUUUCAACCUCAUCAUCUCUUGUGUGUGCCGAUUGCCCGCUCCCGAUCGACCGAGCCCUGACGACAGCCUCCACAGCUUUCGGUAGACUCACCUGUGCACUGUACGACCAAUCCUUGUAGCAUAUUUUCUUACGUCCCUUCAUGAUACCUAAUUCUCGAUAUCCUUGCAAUGGACUUCUUGAUGAUUAAAUCGCGGGAUAAUAGCGCCGACAGUUGAGGUGUGGGCUCACUGCGGCGCGGACGCGCGCUCCAUUUAUCCGUGCGCACCAUCACGCACACACGCACGAGGCCAAAAAAGGCGUUAGAAUCCCAGCGGAAUCCAUCAGAACACAGUGUGGAGCAUCGAGGGACGCAAGAUGUGGGGUACAGUCGAGCUGCCCCGGAGGAGUUAGUUUCGGUGCCACGCUCGAUGCUUCCGCGCCUGAUGUAUGUACUUUAUGUACAUGUCAUUGGAGUCAUGGACAGGGCCUUUGACGCGUUUCGAAGCCCGGAUAGAUUUUUAGAGAUAAAAACAAGGUUUCCGCUUUCGGCGGUGGUUCGGAGGUGCAGAUUACAUUAUCAGGUAGGAUGGUUUGAUGCAUCGCCGAACGUGCGUGGUUGUGGAUAGUACAGAUCCCAGCUGCUCGUCACUUUGGGACUGCGCCUAGCUACCUAAUUUUAGGGCUGUGUUCUAUCUAAUCCAUGGCAACAUCCUCGUCAUGCGCUGCUGCUGCUGCCCCUGCCCUUCCUGCGGCUGGGGGCCCCUGGUGCAACGCAGCCCAUUUUGGAAACACUCGCUUGUAAAGCGACAUGCAGACAGUGUCCAUCUGGUUGAUGGGCCCGUCAAAGUGGGCUUUGAGAUACCCAUGCGUGCCGAGCGACUCGCGGAUGUGGCCCACGCGGCCGUGUUUCGUGUGCAGCUGGAUCGGCUUGAAGUACGCGACGUCGUCUGGGUUGAAGAACAUGUACCGGACCGUAGCCGUCUUUUUGUGCACCUUGAAGGGGUGGCCGGUCAGGAUCACGCGCUUGGCGAUUAUCCUUGUCGUGUCAGUGUUGAGGAAGGAGCCCAUAGCCACCAGCUGUGGAGCUGUAUGGCAAUCGCAAUCGAGUCAGUUGAUAUCAGAGAUUAUCGUGCAACACAAGACCCACCCAGCGGGUCGUCCGUCUCGCGCAGCCACACACUGGGCUGAGUCCCAAACACCACCGGCCCAUAGAUCGUUGCGACAUUCGUCACACCGUGUCGCAAAUAGCGCUCAAAUUUGUGUACGUUGUUCGACCCUUUGCCCCCUCCUCGCGUAUGCUGGCUGUAUAUCGGGUUCACCCGAAGUCGACGAGGCCCCACGCAAAGAAUCAAGGGAUCCUGCGAAGAUGAGCGAUCGAGUCCAUCAUCUCCACUGACAUGCGAUAAAUCACCUUCGCACGGACAGACUCCUCGUACUCUGUAUUCCGUUGGAGUGUGAAAUUGAGCACGGAAAGCUUGUGUUCAUGCUGCAGAAGAGCGAAGAGAACCACUGGCCCGGAGCUUUCGGUAGCUUCUCGGGGAACCCCACGAAUGUAAACACUCACUCGAGUGCCAGGCUUCAUGAAAAAACGUCAGAGACGUCCCUGCAAAAGAAACAUGACGCCACCGACUUCAACGACACCCAGCUCCUCCUCGGCCCGUCGGCGAACAUUGCGUUCGGUGCGUUUGUAGUCUUCGAACUGGAAGAUGCGCGCGUAGUC